AUGCGUACCAUUGCUAAUCUGGAAAGUUUGCCAGAUGAACUGCUGCUUGAAAUUUUCCAUGAUUAUCGUCGUCAUGUGUCGUUGCACAAAGCAUCCUAUGCUCAAUCCUUUAAAUUAUGUACAGAAAUCCUUCCUCAAAUCGGUGCUCAAAUUCAAACCUUAGUAAUCGAUAACUGUUAUUCAGCGUUGCAAGCAAUCGCAUUUCCGAAAUAUUUCCAACAUAGCAUGUCAACAUGUUUUCCCGAUUUGAAAAAGAUCAUUCUCGUCUCAUUUCGUCCCGAUCCAUUGUUUGUUUUCCUGAAAACGUUGAACCAUUUGGACAAACUACAAACGAUAGACAUGCGAAGUUUAUUUCGUGUACCAACAAGUCAACAAACAGAAGUCUUAUUAGCUUUAUUGCAAGCAAAUAAUAGUCGUCUAACAUCGGUGCUUAUUGAUGAUCAAUCAAGUCAUUUGAAUCCUAUAAAAAAAUAUCUACCAACUCAUGCUAUUUGUUCGAACAUUCUUCAUUUAAAAAUCGAGAUCUUAACUAUCUGUGAUUUAGCUGUUCUGUUCACAAUCAUUCCAAAUGUUCAUACGUUAUUUGUAUCAAUACAUAAAAAUGAUAAUUUAGAUCGAACGAACCGAAAAUUCAAAUCAGAAACUUUAUAUCAUCUAACACACUUUCAAUUGAAAUCAAUCGAACAUUCGUGGUAUUUAAAUGAACUACGAAGUUUACUAGACAAACUACCUGCAAUCGAAUAUCUAUCACUAAAUCUACGUACAUCAGAUGUCGAAUUGACGAAUGGUCAAAUUUUACAAAACUACCUCCCAAACAAAAUCAAACAAUUUCAUUACGCUAUUCAUUAUUUACCAGAACACACUAUCAAAUGUUCAAAUAUUUUGGAGACAUGGAAAUCAGUGUAUCCAAUCAGAUGUUUAUACGACAUUGAACAGAAUGAUUACAUGUUUUUACAUACGAUUCCGUACUUAUCAUUUGAUUACCUGGAAAUAUCGUCGUCAGUUGCGAGUGCGGUUUCAAAGUAUUCGAAUUCGUUUGAAAAUGUCCUACGAGUACAUGUAGAUUGCGAUUUUACAUUAACGGAAGCAUUUCCAAUCAUAAGCUGUUGUCGAAAAGCAAAGUAUAGUAUGAUUUGGUUACAUGGUACCAAUCGACAAUGUAAUAAUCACGAACAAUCAAUUCAAGGGCAAACUGAUCAAAAGCAAACCGCUACUCUGCCAACACUGCCACACCUUCGCCGAUUGACUCUUGUUGGCCUACCACCGAAGGAUCUCCACCAUAUGUCGACGAUUCUCCUUGCUGCUCCAAAUCUUUUCCGUUUGGAUUUAAAUUACAAUACUUUGUUACUUAUGUUAGUUGAUGACAAAGUAUGUUCAAUUCUUCGGCAACGUAUCACUGCGUUGACUAUCAAUCACAUGCAAGCAUCAUCAAGAUAUGUCGAAGAGAACAUUGCUCGAAUUGCACUGACAUUUCUACAUCUUCGACAUUUGUAUGUCGAUAUGAGAUCGUUGGAAAUGACCAUUGACAUGAUGGUUUUGUAUUAUUUCGAUGAAUUUGUCAAACAAAAGGCGCCGUUGGUUUCACUCUGUGCGGAUGGAAAGCCAUCUAACGAAAUGAAGCUUGAUGCUAAGAAAUGGUUACUAUCGCAUCGUCAAUAUCUUAACGAAAAACAAUUAUCUGUGUAUUUUAAUGAAAAAGCCGGUAGAUUGCUUAUUUGGAUGUAA